AUGAUAUCAGGGGUUAAAACCCUAGAUCUCCAUGGAAUCAAUGAAGGUAGAACUGGAAUGAGGAUUACAACUUUAAUGAAGCAGUUUGAUGAAGAGCUGGACGCUUUGACAAAACUCGAAAACGAUUACUACUUCAACCAAGAGAUGAAGAACGAAGUGCUGGAGAACAUGAGUUGUCGACCAAAGUACACCAACUACCUAGAUAUGAAGGAAGUCAUCAACAAAAGUACGUACGUGGCAUCAAAAAGAAUCAUGGCGAUUUACAGUCUAAAGAAGGAAACUGAAACGACCAUCCAGGAGCUCAGGAAACUACUCAAAACACUUCCAGAAGAUGAUCAGCCAUAUAUGGAGUGA